AUGAGCAUUAACUGCGAGGUUAAUGAAAUAGAUAAUGGCUAAGGAUAGCAAAUAUCCUCUAAGGAUGCCAUCAUCAUUUCGAAACACCACUUCGAGCAUUUCCUAAAAGACAUUGAGGAGAUUGAGCUUGUUGAAACCAAUAUGCCACUUACAUAGAAAAAAAUAUUGUAAAAAUUAGAGAACAAAUGCCUUUAAAAAGUUGAUGCGGACUAGUUUCCUACUCUAGACGAUGAUACCUGGUUUAUUCGAGGAGGAAUCAAAUCAGUUAACACAAGUGCUUAAAUGAAAGAGGUCAAGAGACUUGACCAGUAUGGGAAUCCAAUAAAGAAAGGAGGAAAGCUCCACAGAAUUGUUUUUGCAGACAAUUAGGUACUUAACAAACCUUUGCAAAAAGUCCAUAUAGUAGAAUCAUUCAAAGAAGAAAACAUCUCUGAAAAGAAGAUGAAACAAAUAAAAAAUGAAAAGUCGAGGGAAAAAAUUAAUAUCGAUUACUGUCAUUGUACAAUCUAUUGA